GUGUACAGCCCCUCAUGUAGAGGAGCAGGCAUGGGAGGCUGGGAGGAGGAGAGGAACAGGAGAGCCAAGGACAAGAAAGAUGACAAGGACUCACCCAAGAAGAACAAGGGCAAGGAGCGCCGGGACCUGGAUGACCUCAAGAAGGAGGUGGCUAUGACAGAGCACAAGAUGUCAGUGGAAGAGGUCUGCCGGAAGUACAACACAGACUGUGUGCAGGGUUUGACCCACAGCAAAGCCCAGGAGAUCCUGGCCCGGGACGGGCCGAACGCACUCACGCCACCGCCUACCACCCCAGAGUGGGUCAAGUUUUGCCGGCAGCUCUUCGGGGGCUUCUCCAUCCUGCUGUGGAUUGGGGCCAUCCUCUGCUUCCUGGCCUACGGUAUCCAGGCAGGCACCGAGGAUGACCCCUCUGGUGACAACCUGUACCUGGGCAUCGUGCUGGCGGCCGUGGUGAUCAUCACUGGCUGCUUCUCGUACUACCAGGAGGCCAAGAGCUCCAAGAUCAUGGAGUCCUUCAAGAACAUGGUGCCGCAGCAAGCCCUGGUGAUCCGGGAAGGUGAGAAGAUGCAGGUGAACGCUGAGGAGGUGGUGGUCGGGGACCUGGUGGAGAUCAAGGGCGGAGACCGAGUGCCAGCUGACCUGCGGAUCAUCUCAGCCCACGGCUGCAAGGUGUGUCUGACGCUGACUGCCAAGCGCAUGGCCCGGAAGAACUGCCUGGUGAAGAACUUGGAGGCUGUAGAAACCCUGGGCUCCACGUCCACCAUCUGCUCGGACAAGACAGGGACCCUCACUCAGAACCGCAUGACGGUCGCCCACAUGUGGUUUGACAACCAGAUCCACGAGGCUGACACCACUGAGGACCAGUCAGGAACCUCAUUCGACAAGAGCUCACACACCUGGGUGGCCCUGUCUCACAUCGCCGGGCUCUGCAAUCGUGCUGUCUUCAAGGGUGGUCAGGACAACAUCCCUGUGCUCAAGAGGGAUGUGGCCGGGGAUGCCUCUGAGUCUGCCCUGCUCAAGUGCAUCGAGCUGUCCUCUGGCUCCGUGAAGCUGAUGCGUGAACGCAACAAGAAAGUGGCUGAGAUUCCCUUCAAUUCCACCAACAAAUACCAGCUCUCCAUCCAUGAGACCGAGGACCCCAAUGACAACCGAUACCUCCUGGUGAUGAAGGGUGCCCCCGAGCGCAUCCUGGACCGCUGCUCCACCAUCCUGCUGCAGGGCAAGGAGCAGCCUCUGGAUGAGGAGAUGAAGGAGGCCUUCCAGAACGCCUACCUCGAGCUCGGCGGCCUGGGCGAGCGCGUGCUUGGUUUCUGCCAUUAUUACCUGCCCGAGGAGCAGUUCCCCAAGGGCUUUGCCUUCGACUGUGAUGACGUGAACUUCACCACAGACAACCUCUGCUUUGUGGGCCUCAUGUCCAUGAUUGACCCGCCCCGGGCAGCCGUCCCUGACGCGGUGGGCAAGUGUCGCAGCGCAGGCAUCAAGGUCAUCAUGGUCACCGGCGAUCACCCCAUCACGGCCAAGGCCAUUGCAAAGGGCGUGGGCAUCAUCUCUGAGGGCAACGAGACUGUGGAGGACAUCGCCGCCCGUCUCAACAUUCCCGUCAGCCAGGUUAACCCCCGGUGAGCCACCCAUCCCAACCAGGACCCUGGACAUCCCUCUAGGGUGUUGACACAGGGGCACUGCCUCCCUGCAAUUUCCCACUGCACUGCCCGGAGGAGACUCUGGGGCCUGGCCUCUGGGUGUCAUCCUUACCCUCUCUCCCUCCAGGGUGCAAUUGUGGCUGUGACCGGGGAUGGUGUGAACGACUCCCCCGCUCUGAAGAAGGCCGACAUUGGGGUGGCCAUGGGCAUUGCUGGCUCUGAUGUCUCCAAGCAGGCAGCCGACAUGAUCCUAUUGGACGACAACUUUGCCUCCAUUGUCACGGGGGUAGAGGAGGGCCGCCUGAUCUUCGACAACCUGAAGAAGUCCAUCGCCUACACCCUGACCAGCAACAUCCCAGAGAUCACGCCCUUCCUGCUGUUCAUCAUGGCCAACAUCCCGCUGCCCCUGGGCACCAUCACCAUCCUCUGCAUCGACCUGGGCACCGACAUGGUCCCUGCCAUCUCACUGGCAUACGAGGCUGCUGAAAGUGACAUCAUGAAGAGACAGCCCAGGAACCCACGGACGGACAAGUUGGUCAAUGAGAGACUCAUCAGCAUGGCCUAUGGGCAGAUCGGAAUGAUCCAGGCUCUCGGUGGUUUCUUCUCUUACUUUGUGAUCCUGGCAGAAAAUGGCUUCUUGCCUGGCAACCUGGUGGGCAUCCGGCUAAACUGGGAUGACCGCACUGUCAACGACCUGGAGGACAGUUACGGGCAGCAGUGGACAUACGAGCAGAGGAAGGUGGUGGAGUUCACCUGCCACACAGCCUUCUUUGUGAGCAUCGUAGUCGUCCAGUGGGCAGAUCUGAUCAUCUGCAAGACCCGGAGGAACUCGGUCUUCCAGCAGGGCAUGAAGAACAAGAUCCUGAUCUUCGGGCUGUUUGAGGAGACGGCCCUGGCUGCCUUCCUGUCCUACUGUCCCGGCAUGGAUGUGGCCCUGCGCAUGUACCCUCUCAAGCCCAGCUGGUGGUUCUGUGCCUUCCCCUACAGUUUCCUCAUCUUCGUCUACGACGAAAUCCGCAAACUCAUCCUGCGCAGGAACCCAGGGGGUUGGGUGGAGAAGGAAACCUACUACUGACCUCAGCCCCACCACAUCGCCCGUCUCUUCCCUGUCCCCCAAGCCCAGGACCGCCCCUGCCAGUCCCCCCCAUUUUGUAUUCUGCGGGGAGGAGCCCUCUCUCCCCAUGGCCCCACCUUGGCCCCCACCCCCUCCACUAUCUCCUGACACCCCUACUCUGGCUGGCUUCUCUCCCCUGCCCCCUGCCUCUCUCCUCUCUCUUUUCUGUGUCAGUUUCUCUCCCUUUCCUCACCCCUCUAUCCGUUCCUCCGGCCCCAGCCACCUCCCUGGGCUCUUUUUUACUCCCUUUCAGCCCCUCGGCUGAUGCUGUCUCUGGUUCUGGACAAUUAUCAAAUAUAUCAGUGGGGAGAGAGAA